AUGGCGGGUAGGGUGCGCGCAACCUCCCUCAUACACGCCCCGACAGUGGAUAUUCAAGCGCAAGAGAGGCGACAUGGCGCCCCCGAGGCCUGUGUCAUCUGUCUGGAUGCCAUCACUGAGCGCGCUGUCGCCGUUCCGUGCAAUCACCUCAGUUUCGACUUCCAAUGCCUCGUGAGCUGGCUGCACGAAUGCUCGCAGUGUCCGCUAUGCAAGACGGAAAUCACAGAGGUCCAGUAUGACUGGCGCUCGCCCGAAGAUUUCAUGACCUACAACGUCCACACGACCAAGCAAAAAGUAUCCGAAUCGAGCAAUGCGCAGCCAUCAACAUCCUCUUUCCGCCCUAGUCGCCUUCCGCGACGUAGAUUCCCCAGGCCGCGGCACCGCAGCCCGUCCCCAGGCCCCGAUCUUACCCUCCUUCGCCGCCGGCACGUCUACCGCAACGACCUGUACUCGAUGCAUGUAGGCAGCAAUCGCAUCUCACGCUACGUCAACCUCACGCCACAAAUGGUCGCCAACUCCGCGGAGCUACAAUCGCGCGCGCGCGCGUUCGUGCGCCGCGAGCUCCGCGUGUUCAGCUUCCUGGCGGCGGCAGACCCGGGGGAGGGCUCUUCGACUUCACAAGGCUCGGAGGGCACGCGUCGCGCAAACAACGCCGAGUUUCUUCUUGAGUACAUUGUUGCUAUCUUGAAGACUGUGGAUAUCAAAGGUAGCACCGGACAAGCGGAGGAGAUGCUGCAGGAAUUCCUGGGUCGCAGCAACGCCCGGCUGUUUUUACAUGAACUGGGUGCCUGGCUCAGGAGCCCGUAUACCAGGCUCGAGGACUGGGAUAGGCAUGUUCAGUAUCGCGAGCCUCUGCCCUCAUCUGCAGACGCUCGGAGCUCUGUUGGACCAGUCAGGAACAAGGACCGGCACUACGGCCGCUCCCAGUCGAGAAACAUGCCGGGCGGCAACCGCUAG